ACUUCGGUGUAGGUUUUGGGGAGCACGCCCAGGCGACGUAUUUCCUUUCUUCCAUUGCGUUAUUUUCUACGGCCGGACAUCGUCUGAGACAGUUGCAGGCAAACUGUCCCUCAGCAUCCUUCUUUGAUCUGUACAUCAGUCCUCGAUACUACAUACCACUUUACGAAUCCCGAUUAUCCAUCUCGAUCAGUCACCGUUUCCAAAAAUGUCUGACCUCGCGAGCCGUAUUACGAAGCCUGAUGAGGCGCCAAAGAAGGUUGAUUGGGCUGAGUCUGUCGAGGCAGACGAGAACAAGCAGCAGGCGGAAGCUGAAGCUGCUGCUGGUGCUGCUGAGACCCAGGUUGACGGUGCUGUUGAAGAGCUCGGUGGCUCUGGUCUGCAUGAACCUGAAUGGGAUGUCGAAGUCUCUCUCAGCGAACUCCAGGCAAACGAAGCAACUCCUUUCCACUCUGCUACACAAUGGCAAGACAUGGGACUAUCGGAGGACCUUCUCAAGGGUCUUCUGGCCCUCAAGUUUCUGAAACCCUCGAAAGUCCAGGGGAAAUCUCUUCCUCUGAUGCUUAGCGAUCCUCCGAGAAAUAUGAUGGCCCAAUCUCAAUCUGGUACUGGAAAGACGGCGGCGUUUGUUACUGCCAUUCUAUCGCGUGUCGACUUUACCAAGCCGGAUCAGCCUCAAGCUCUUGCCUUGGCCCCCAGUCGAGAAUUGGCUCGUCAGAUUGAAGGUGUUGUAAACGCUAUUGGUCGCUUUAUUGAACCUCUCAAGGUUGCUGCGGCUAUCCCUGGAGCUCUGCCUCGCGACCAGCCGGUUCGAUCUGCCGUUAUUGUUGGUACCCCUGGUACUGUCCAGGACGUCAUCAAACGAAGGCAGCUAGAUGUUUCUCAACUCAAGGUUCUCGUCUUGGACGAAGCCGACAACAUGCUGGAUCAGCAAGGAAUGGGUGACCAGUGCCUGAGAGUGAAGAACAUGCUACCAAAGUCUGUGCAAAUCCUGCUCUUCUCAGCCACUUUCCCCGACAAAGUCGGUUCAUACGCCAUGAAGUUUGCGCCCAAUGCCCAUUCUCUCAAGCUGCAGCGAAGCGAGCUUACCGUCAAGGGCAUUUCACAAAUGUUCAUCGACUGCGCGGACGACAACAUCAAGUACGACGUUCUUUGCAAGCUCUACGGUCUGAUGACUAUUGGACAGUCGGUCAUUUUCGUCAAGACCCGUGAAAGCGCCAACGAGAUCCAGAGACGUAUGGUGGCUGAUGGGCACAAAGUAUCUGCUCUGCACGCUGCGUUUGAUGGUAACGAGAGAGACGAGCUGCUGAGUAAAUUCCGACAAGGCGAGAACAAGGUUCUCAUCACCACUAAUGUCCUUGCCCGUGGUAUUGACGUGUCUACCGUGUCCAUGGUCAUCAACUACGAUAUCCCUAUGAAAGGCCGAGGCGAUAGUGAGCCCGACGCCGAGACUUAUCUCCACCGUAUUGGCCGAACUGGACGUUUUGGACGUGUUGGUGUCAGUAUCAGCUUCGUCUACGAUAAGAAGAGCUACGAUGCCCUCCUCGGCAUUGCCAACACAUACGGCAUUGAUCUUGUACGCCUUGAUACCGAUGACUGGGAUGAGGCGGAAGAGCGAGUCAAGGAAGUCAUCAAGAAGAACAGAGCUCAGGCUGCUUAUGCCCCGAGCGCUACGGAUAACGCCAAGGCAUCCUAGAAAGAUGGUUUUGACUCAUGGAUGACGAUGUAAUUUGGUGGAGGGCCUAUGUUUAUUGCUUUUCUCUUUUUCUUUGGUUUGGUGAGAUUGCUACAGUUUCAACAAGUUCACAAUGAAUGGUACGAUAAUAAGGGGAUUAUACAAAUGGAUCUGUAGAAUGUGGCACAAUGAGAUACCAAAAAUUCACACCUUGCAAGACGA